AUGGCCCACGAAGUUGAGCCAAGUGCCCAGCAAAAUAUCUCCAUAACACCCCUCUUGAGACGCCUGUGGCCCUCACCUGGAGAAAAUAAGGUCUCUGCAGAGGAGAUUGCACUAGCCAUUGCACUCAUCUUCACUGAUCAAUUAUCUCCUGUGCAAACGGGUGCACUCCUUACGUGCUUGCAUUUCACAGGAUGGGACCGAAGAGCAGACGUCAUUGCGAAAUGCGCUGAAGCUAUGAGAGCAGCCGCCUCCCAAAUAGACAGGAAUGCAUUGGUCAAAGUUGUUGAGGCCCGUGGAAGACCAGAAGGGGACUAUAAGGGGGGUUUGUGCGAUAUUGUUGGAACUGGGGGUGAUUCACAUCACACUUUCAACAUCUCUACAACCUCGUCUAUAUUGGCAUCUUCCCUGCUUCUGCUGAGCAAACAUGGAAAUCGAGCUUCCACGUCCAAGUCUGGCUCAGCUGAUCUCCUCAACUCUACUCGGCCUACGGCGCCUAACUUGAUGGCGGUCACCCCUCAGUCAAUCUGCAAAAUCUACGAGAAGAGCAAUUAUGCCUUUCUUUUUGCACCAAUCUUCCACCCAGGGAUGAAAUACGUUGCCCCGAUUAGGAAAGAGCUGGGAUGGAGAACAAUUUUCAAUCUACUAGGACCUCUUGCCAACCCAGUGGAGGGAAACAUCGAAGCGCGACUCCUCGGGGUAGCCCGACGAGACAUUGGGCCAGUGUUCGCGGAGGCCCUACAACUGAGUGGCGCCCGAAAAGCAAUGGUUGUGUGUGGCGAGGAAGAUCUUGAUGAGAUCAGUUGCGCGGGUCGAACAUACUGCUGGAGGCUUGUCGACAGAUCAUCUCACCAAAGUACCCCAGGGGAUGUGGACAUCGAAAGCUUCACAAUCUGUGCCGCUGAUUUCGGAUUACCAGCUCAUGCCUUGAAGGACGUCUCGCCUGGCAAGGAACCGCACGAGAAUGCAGCGAUUUUGACGAAACUUCUUCAAAACCAGCUUCCCCGCGAUGACCCCAUCUUCCAUUUCGUCCUCAUGAACACAGCCGCGCUCUUUGUCAUAGCCGGGGUCUGUGAAGCUGAUACCAGCGAUAUGGGACAUGGCGAUGACGGGAAGGUCAUUCCGGAGAGGGGUCCAGGAGGUGGAAGAUGGAAGGAGGGCGUCAGGAGAGCGAGAUGGGCAGUCGAAAGUGGUGAAGCGUGGAGACAGUGGACACAGUUUGUGGAGGCCAGCAAUAGCUUCAGUACUCCAUAG